AUGUUAUAUGAAGCAUUUUAUGAUGUUCUAAAUCCAUCUGGUCUUUUAUUCAAAAAGAUUGUUCCAGACAAUACAAUUGAAGAUUUCUUGAAUGGUCAUGAAGGAAAGGUUUAUGGUGUUCUAACUGGAUAUUUACACAUGGAUAAUUCAAUGAAAGUUAAAUUCGGAUUUGAAGGAAAGAAUCUUGGAUUCUCUUUGAGGAUCAAUGGUUUAGAAGUUUUAGGAGAUUUCAAAGAAGAAUUGAUCGAUUUCAAAGGUGGAUUCUCACUUGAUGGAUCAAUUGAAACAGCAAGAGAUCAAUCACAAUCAUCAACAAAAAAUGUAUUUGUGACAGAACUUAAUUGUACAACAACAUAUAUUGAAAUGGAUGAAAAAAGAAUAAAAUUCCAUCCAAUGUUCUUGAAAGAUCUUGCAACAAUCGAACAAAAAUCAGAUCUUUUGAAAAUAUUUGAUAAAUAUGGAACAUAUUAUUAUUCAAGUGCAUAUAUGGGUGGAAAGUUGGUUCAAAUUUCAACAACCUCUGAAAGUAUUGACACUGAUGAAAAGAAAAGUAAAUGGAGUAUUGCUGCUGAAUUAACAUUUGGUGCCUCUGCAAAGUAA